CAAUAACAACCGCUUGCGCCACCUGCCAGAUGGUCUCUUCAACAACAAGCCUCAUCUGUACCGCCUGGACCUGAGCCACAACCAGCUGACUGUGGUAGGCAGGAGGACCUUCAGAGGAGCUCCCAACAUCAACAACCUGCAGCUUGACAACAACCAGCUGACGUGCAUCGAUGAGACAGCUGUUAAGAACCUCAAUGAACUCCAAGUCUUAACUCUCAACAACAACAACCUCACUACGCUGCCGAGGGAGUUGUUUGAGCGUAUGAACGGCCUACGCAGUGUACGUCUGGCGGAUAACCCAUUCCUGUGUGACUGUCGCCUCUCGUGGCUCGGUCGCUGGCUCCGUCGUCAUCCCACACUGGCUCUCUUCACCAAGUGCCACGCUCCGCCUACACUCCGGGGGAAGGAAGUGGCUGAACUACAUGACUCUAACUUCAGGUGUUCAGGUGGUGGGCGACGAGAUGAUGGUGCUGGAUGCCCUUCGCCGCCUCUCUGCCCGGACUCCUGCCGAUGUUCUGAGGGCAUCGUCGACUGCCGGGACCGAGGCUUCACCCAUGUCCCCCUCCACAUCCCUGAGGACACCACCGAGCUGAGGCUGGAACAGAACCAGAUCACGGAGGUACCCAGCCGAGCCUUCGCCCCCUUCAGGAAGCUGCGACGAAU